ACACUGUUUUAAUAUUUUUCAUAUGGACUGAAUCCUGCUCCUAACUGUAUGAUGGCUGAUUCCAUUGAAGAGUGGCCCGCAAAGAAAUGGAAAUGAAAGAGACUACUGAACACAAGCCGGGGAAGAUGAAGUCAACCAGUGAACCACUGUCGAUUACUGGUGUAGAAGUCAGUCCUCUGAAGAAAUUCACCAUUCCAAAGAUCAGAAAGAAAGCUAAUAAAGUUUAUUUGUCACCUUGUUUCACCAAUACUAGAGAAUAUAGUUUCAUCCACGCAGCUCUUAACCAGUGCAGACUUGAUGUCAACUAUGACCUACAGUCAUCAUGGCAAUUUGGGGACACGAAACUCAUUUACAACGAGGAUCUGGAAAAAAAAUUUUCUGCUAAGAGGUCAGAGAUGCGUGAGAAUGGAAGACAUGGACGAGAACUUGAAGAACAUUUCUGCUUUUUAGCAAUUCCUCGAAAUGAGUUGCUUGAAAUCUAUCAGAAUGGCUUAAAUACCAACACAUCCACAUUGAAGAUACUAGGAAACCCUCUGCUUGGAAUUUAUAUAUUUCGAUAUGCUGAUAUUGCCUUGAACUAUGCUCAUAGUCGAAGUAUUACUGUAGAAAGUAUUGUAAUUUUUAAGGUUAUCUUUGGAAAAGUGAAGAAAAUCCAGCUUUCUUUGGAUAAAAACAAGGUUUCGUUGGAUCCUUCUCCUAAUUUUGAUUGUCAUAUGUCAAGAAAUGCACCUUCUCUGAAAGAUACCAUUGAUUUCCAAGCCUACAAUUCAGCCGUAUACUUCUAUGAAUACAGUAUUUUUUCAAAGCCAGUAGAUAAACCUAGGCAGUGCCUUCCAUAUGCAAUCAUAACGGUCAGAUUCAUUGGUCAAAAAGUUGAUAACCUAAUGACUUCACUGAGAUUCCUCUCAACAGGAUUUCCUAAGAGGGGUGAAAGAACAUGUUCUCUCAAUAACUGUACGGUGGCCAAAAGAAUUGGAAAAGGAAAAGACGCUACUGUCAUCUUUGAGCACUUCAGAAAGCCUGUGGGUCCGUUUAUCCCGGAAAGCUGUGCAUGCGGUGCUCUAAAUCCAAAGACAAAUCCUUCCAACGCUCAUAUUUCUAAUUCCAAUGGAAAUGGGACAGCUGGAAACAUUUCUGUACUGGAAACACACACUGGACAGACAAAGUACAAGGUCGCAGAACAUAGUGACACUUGUCCAGAACGUGCACAUGAUUCAGGGCUCAUUUUCAUGCCCAGUGAUAACACAGAAAUUGAUAAUGGUGACUUCUUGUUAAAUUUGACACAGAUUAAAUGUAUUUUAAGUGGUUUGACUACUACUUUUCCCAUUUACAACAAUAUUGGCUCAAGCACAGUGAUUACUUCAAAACUCAUCAAAGACCCAAGAAUGAGGAGGAGAGAAGCACGUCAAGAAAAACAGAAUAAUAUAACAGGCUUAAAUGAUAAUUUGGCAGUGGAGAAGAGCUUAGAAUCUGGCAAUUCAGCAAUAAAUUCAUCAUCUAUGUCAACUAACUCUGUCUCCUCCUCUGAACCCAUCCCUGAUGAUCAUACUGUCCUUGCUAAUUGUUUGGAGGCCUCGUGCCACCAAAUUCCUUUGGAUGAUUCACCAUCUCAGCUACUUAGCAUGUACCCUAAGGACAGUGAUCAUCCAACUCAGAGUAAAAUUACCACCACAGGACAAUGUACAGGCCAAGGCAAUUUUCCCGUCCUAGUUUCUUUGUCACAGGGAGCUCCAAAAGCUAAGAACCAGAAACACAAUGAGGAUGACGUCCAGACACUCCAACAGAGAACCAGCCGACCUAGCAAGCGCCCUAACUUGUACAAAGCAGUGAAUUCUUGUACAACAGAUGACAGAAGCCACGUCUCUAAGGAGUCUGAGUCAUCUAGUUUAAUAACUGUAUGUCCACCGAAUUACCAGAUGUCUUCAUUCCAAAAUAAAGAUAUCAUAGAUAAGUACAUUCAAAAUAUUGAAAAGAUGGGGAACCUUAAAACUUAUCCAGAAGGCAAUUCCAAACAACGGAAAAAGCAAAAUUUUUGGAAGGACAUUGAUCAUUAUUUUACUAAUGAAGCAAAAACCAAUUCAAUGGACAAUUACAUCUCAUACCAAGAACAUAAGGAAAGUGAGAACCUUGAUUCUUCACGGAAAAACUGUGAUCAAAUAUUAAUUACAGAGGAGUUAGAAAUAUCAGUAUCUUCCACAUGUACCAGAAAUAACGCAUGCGAACUCAAAGAUCUAGCCAUGGACUUAGAAAAUAGACUUACGCCAAGUGUAGAGAGCUUUUUGCAAAUUCAUCCUCAGUGUUCUUUGGAAUAUGAAAAUAAUAUACAUACAAGCUUUGUCCUUUCUGAAAAGCAGGUGGAACUUAACAAGGAAAAACCAAAUCAAAGUUAUAUUGGCCUUAUACCUGAUGCUUUACAGGAAGCAAAAGACAUUUCCCAGGCCAGUGAUAAAGUUAUUUCAUCUCGUGGUACUGAAACCGCUCAAAACAAUAUCAGUUGCAAUUUAAGUAAAGAACAUUUAUGGGUCCGUGAGAAACAUGAAAAUGUGCUAGUGUCAUUAGAGGACAAACAGAAAGACUAUCAAGAGAUCCCUCGUUCUAAAGACAACAGUCAGAAUGAGCCUCUCUUCUGUGAGACACAACUGAACAAGGAUAUGCCCCUGAAUGCUGACUUCAAAGACCAAGAGUGUGAAAGUGUCGCUAAUGCAAAAGACAUUGCUUCAUCUACCCAGGACAACAUAGAGAACAUCUGUGGAGAUGGGCAGCAGGUUCUUCAUACAAACAAAACUGUUAUCAAUGUAGGUGAGAGAAGGGAGACUGAAACUCACAGCAAUGUAGAAACCCUGACUUCUGAAGAACUUUCCACUACAUUUAACAGGGGCAAAAAAUACUUGCCAGCAGGGACUACCUUAAUAGGAAGUGAAGAUGCAGUCUCUGCCUCAAGACAAAAAGAUGCUCAAAAUCAUGGAAAGAGUCUAGAACAUUUGGCUUCCACAGUGCUCCUGGAAGUUCCGGGUUCUUUAGUGAGGACUUCGGUGCCUCGGGAAGAUCACCAAAGAUGCCCGUGCCAAGAAACUUGUUCAUCGGAGACUUCGAAUCUUGGUCUGUUACUGAAACCUGUACUCUCUGACUGCGAAACUGGUGAUAAUGCCAAUAGAUUACAAGACUCAUUUCUUCAGUCAGGAAUAAGUGAGAACUUGAUUAUUCAAGGUUUAAACUUGGAGAAUGAGAUUGAAAUAGAAACAGAACAGUAUGAGGAUGCUAUUCUAUUGGAACAAGAUGCAUAUACGCAUGGAGAUGAGCUCUGUGAUGAAUUGCCGGCCUCAUAUAAGGAUCUGAAGUCUCGUAUCAAUUGGGAAGCUCUUUUGGAAAGCAGGAACCAUAAAACAGAAGCACUGGAAAACCCAAGACAGGAGAACACCAAUCAGGGUUGCUCUAAGAACAUUUAUUAUUACUAUUCUCCUGUACGAAAUACCAGAGGAGAGCGUCUCCACACACUUUUACUUCCGGAUCUACAGAUUAGAAUUCCUAAUAUUUUUAGGCCAGGAUUCAGCUCCACUGCUGACUCCCAUGCAUUGAGAGAGAAUUCCUACAAUCAUCCAAGUGACACAGCCGAACCAGAAAUAAAUGAAAGAGAAGAGAUUCCAGGAUUAGAAAUUUCUUCCCAGUCUUCUGGUGAAAAUUCUGAUUACCCACCUGACAAUAAAUUGGGUAACAUAACACAAGAAUCAGGACUGAUGACUAACUCUGAAGCAUCCCCUUCUCUUGAUUUAAGUCAGAAUAAAUGCACGAAUCACGUGUCUGGAAACCAAAGCAGUGAAGCCAUGCUUAUUGAAUCUUCAAGUAUUGCAGUAAAUAAUGGAAGCAGCUGUUGCCUUGCAAAAUCAAAAACGGACUGUAAUGAUACUAGAAGUGAAAAACCCAUGGAAUCAAGAAUUGGCAAAAGAAAGCUACAUGCAGCGCUCGGGGACCAAAACCUACCACAGAAAGAUUUAAGAUGCCAAAAUAUGUAUGAGAAAAAGAGGAGGCUAAUGAUUCAAAACUCAUCUGAGGGUUUUUGGUCAUUAUCCCAAGGACAAAUGACAUUUUCACAGUCAGAAUUGCACAUUGGGAAUGCCCUGGAUAUUCUAAAAUUUAAAGCAUCUUUGGGCAAAAUCCAAUGUCUUUCCAGAAAAAUUGACAGAACUGUUCUUCACUUAGAGAAAGCUCACAAAAGAGUUCAUACAUCCUUGGAAAUAACUAACGUGGGAGAAAAAAGAAGCCCAUUACCAAAAUCAUGUGCAGCAAUAGGCAAUAAUUUUGGGGAAUGUUGUGACCUUGAAGGUUAUUUUUUUUCAAAAAGAAAUGACAAAGAGGGCAAGAGAAGCACUUCUGAUGUUGAUAAAUUAUUAACUCACGUGCCAAGGCCCAAGUCCUGUACUAGAAACGGAGAGCAAAUCACAGAGCACCUUUCUAAGAAUAAUGUAGCCAGCACUAUUUCCAGAAAUGACACCACUGUUCAUGGGGAAGAAUUUUGUGACCAAGAACAACUUCCUGAAUCGCGGUUAUGCCUCCUCCCCACAUCUCAAAGUACAAGUCAAACCGCUUAUAAUAAUAGCAGUCUGGGAUUACCGGGACCGUCAGAACUUCAGCCUUUUUCUGGGAAAACCAGAUGUCUCUCUCCACCAGAGCACUUAGAUGUGAAGCUCCCUGAAAGAGAAAAUCACAUUGAUAGAAACAUCUUAUCUGAUAUUCAUAAUUCAGAAAAGCUUGAGAACCAUCCUGCCCAUAGUAAUAGUAAAAGUGUAACCAAAGAAAUCAACCCCGUGGCUGAUGAAAUCGCAAAUGCAAGUAGCUCACUGUCUUUAAGGUGCAUGAAAGAAAGUGAAAGUGUUAACAGGGUCAAAAACUGUGAUGCAACUCACAUAGUUCGCACAGAAGUGAACACUGAUAGACUUAUUUCAGUCUUGGAAUCAAGUGCAAAGGACAUCUUAAAUGGUGAUCUCUGCAAACCAUGUAAUGCUUUAUCUGACUGUAAAAGGAAUCCGAAAGUAAACUCUCCUAUAGAAACAUGCGCAACUCCCCUGGAAAGCCCAGAAGCAAACAAUUUCACAAGACGCCGCGCUGUGGACUCGAUAAACCCGAGUCUGAUAGCACGUGAAAAAUGUGAGCGUAUCCCGCAGUUGUGUUCAGCUGCUCCAGUGACAGAUGUUGAGGGAGAAUGCGCUAACUCAUACUGUGGUAAACAGAGAGGUUUUGCUGCCGAUUCUUUAGCAACGUCCACUGCUUCGUCACAACAGCAGGAAGGCGGCGGGAAGGAUGUUCUAAAGAAAGGAAGGUGCUCUUCAGAGACUCCUCAAGUGGGUGGGAGUGAUACUGAGAAUCCCAACAUGGAUCUAAUAUCAGCAACUGACCAACACGAGAGUUAUGGCGAAAAUGCAUUCGUGAAGAGACUAUUCUCCAGUGACCAUUCACGGCUCUUCACAGAUCAGGAAAAGGGUUCAUCUUCAAAGGAGUGCACUGAGGGUAGAAAAAGGUGGACCAUGACACAAGCAGAAAACAAUGGAAACCCGUCCACUGGCAAUGCGUACCACCAAGAAAGCAUGACAGAAGAAUCAUCUUGUAAGACUGAAUACGAAACUCCAAGGAUCUUAGAAGAAUCUCCCUGCGUACAUCGGAGAACAAUUAAAAAUAGGCUGGCUGGAUCUCAUCUAAGACUUAAGAACACCACCUCUCCUAAAGAACUUUCUGUUACUAGCACAGUUCCUACUCCGCUUAGCAAAAGAGAGAAAGGCAAGAAAGCUAAAGGUAACCAGGGCUCUUGGUCUGGUUCUAUAGAGCAUUCAGAAGCAACCUGUCAUAGCAAACCAGGCAUUGUAGGAAUUAACACUAUGCCUGCUUCACGUGCCCACCCAGAGAGCGCUAACGGAACUCCUCUUCCGAAGAACCCUAUAUCCUACGUGAGUGAAUUAAAAGAAGGACAUUGCUCAGCUACUCACACUGCUCUUAUCGCUAAGCUGUCUCAAAUUUUGCAGAGGGCAGAUGAGGCGUCAUCUUUGCAGAUGAUACAGGAAGAAACGAAGGCUUGUCAAAAUAUUCUCCCCUCCUUUAUCAAAGCUUUUGAAAGAGACCAAGAAUGUUCGUUUGAAGAAAUCCUGGUUUCACGAGAACUGUUGGUAACACGAAACCUGUGGAACAAUUGUAGGAACACCUUAAAGCCAUGUGCAAUUGAGUCUCUGGUGGAACUCCAAAUGAUGAUGGAAACUCUUCAGUUCGUCGAGAAUAAGACAAGGCUCUUGGAGGACAAGCCGACCUUCCGCAGCUUGCUGUGGUACGAUGAGACGCAGUACGGUGAGCUGCUGGCCGGGCCGCGGGGCUAUCAGCAACAGGCCAGCUUCUACCCUGCUUUUCAAGGCAGGCUGAAGUACAAUGCCUUCUGUGAGCUGCAGAAACACCACGUCCAGUUAGUGGCGUUGUCUGAGGAAACCAAGAGGGAGGCAAAUUCGUACUAUGCGUUCUUAAGAUAUAAACGGCAGAUUCAAGAGUGUGAAGCAAUAAUGGAACAUUGCCCCGACUGCUUUGACUUUACUCUUUCUGUACCAUUUACCUGUGGAGUGAAUUUUGGCGACAGUUUAGGAGCCUUAGAAACCAUAAGGAAAAGUACUUUAGAGCUGAUCGGUGCACAGGACGACUUGCCUAAAGCUCACUCACAUCCAGGAAAACAGGACCACUUGUGGAUUAUCAUAGAAAUGAUCUCCUCAAAAGUACAAUUUAUUAAGAACAAUGAGGCAAUCAAUAUUAAAAUAGCUCUUUAUGGUUUGGAACAUAUCUUUUUUGAUGCGAUGAAAAACCUUGUUUGGGAAGAGAGAAUACGCUCUUCAAACAAAAAAUACUCCCGAAAAAAGUAUAAAGAAAUGCUACUGAAAAUUAAUCAAGAGGCGUUUUCGAAACUGCAGGACAUUUAUGAUACUUUGUCUAAUGAUUUCAACAGUAAACAAACUUCCAGUACUGGACCUGAGAAGGAUACUGUAAUUGCUUGCAAAAAGUCAGACAAUCUAAUAAAUCAAGCAACCAUCAGCAUAGACAGUCACAGGUUUACUUUGCUUUCACACCCAAAUAUUUGUUUUGUUAGUGAAAUAUUGGAUCAAGCGGAAUCUACAGACUUUAAAACAUUACAGGAGCUCACUUUGAGAUGUACUAAUCACUUAGAAAUUUUUAAAGAGCACUUUCAGAUACUGCAGGAGGAUAACAUAGAUAAUAUUUUUAUCACAGAAGAAAAUGCUUUGGACGUGGUGAAAAACGACAAUUGUGAGGCUGUCAUUUUAAAGCCCCAAGCCAUUGAAACAUACAUUGAAAUACUCAUGGUUUUAGAAACAGUGCAUUUUCUGAAAAACUCAAUAGCAAAGAAACUAGACAAGCAGAGGUUUCGAGGUAUGCUUUGGUUUGAUUUGUCCCUGCUUCCUGAUCUGAUUCAUUGCCAAGAAAAAAUGGCAUGUUCUUCCUUUCUUAAAGACAGUUCCACCGAUGGCCUGGGGAAGGUGAUAGAUACUGCUAUUUCUGACCUUAGGAAAGAUCUAGGUACUAUCUACAAAUUUAAUGAAGCUGUUAAUUGCUCGUAUGCUGUGCAUUUGUUUUCAAGAGAGCUUGAAGAACUUUCAGAAGUGAAAAAACUUGUAAAGAAGUCACAGUGUUCAAUUUCCACAUAUAUUGACUUCAUGCCAUGUACAGCUUCCAUCAAUUACGGAAACACUGUGUCAGAGUUGGAGUGCAACUACAAUCAGUUUUCCGCUCUGCUCAAAAAUGUAAUGGCCGCUCCUCAGAAAGAUUUAGGAAAAGUGGCUCAUGUGAUGAAAGUCAUGAAAACUAUUGAACAUAUGAAGAUUAUUUGUGCUAAAGAUGCUAAAUUAGCCACUUCUAUUAUCCUUUACCAAAUGCUGUAUAACAGAAAGAAAACUUUCCAGUUACAGAAAAAGGGAAAGAUGAGCAUUCAUGUUUCAAAACAUGAGGACAUUAAUCCACCCAGGACUUAUGUGAAGAAGGCACCUUCGAUUUCACAGUGCACAAUCACAAACGUGUCAAAUUCCUCUACAAAGCGACCUCUCAUUGUAGACACAUAUGAAGACCUUCAUGAACAAGAGAAAAAUACUGCUCUUUCCAGUUGCAAAAAGCAAAAGGUUGACAUCAAAGAUAUCACCAAAAUUAAUGAAGAAAUGGCAGCAUUCGAGAAUCCAAGGACUACAAGAUCUCAUCCCCAAACAGAAAACAAAAUCAGACCAAGUGCAUCUGGCCAUCUGAAAAGAAAACAUGCCCCUCCACAAGAGGCUGAUAUGCCGGGACCACCACCUGCCUCCCUUGUACCUUUAAAGGCCUUGAAAGACGCUUGCACAGCAAACCCAGAAAACAGAAUAGAUUUAACUCAUAGUUCAUCUCAUGUCUCAGAAGAUUUCACAGGGCAACAGAAAAACUUAUAUAGCUGGGAGAAGGGCAUGGCCUCUAGUGCUACUACCGGUAAAGAAAAAGAGAAAGGUGGUGCUGCUUUUGAAAUGUGUGACCAAAAAAGUGUAGAUAACACAUUUUCAGAAGACCAUGAGACACCUUCGGAGACAUUUCGCAAAAUUUCCCCAGAUGGUGCCCAGAACUCGUGGCCUGCCAACACAAGACCAGGAAUUGAUAGUGCUGCUCUGCCUACUACAUCAGGGCUCUCGAAGCCUGUUUUCCAUUUUGUGAAGGGUACCCCUACCAACUUAGAAAUAAGUGAAACUGUCCUUGAGCUUCAAGAUAAUGAGAUAAUAGAGGUGUCAGCCGAGAACUCUGCAUGCACCAGUUCUUCAGAACCUAUGCUUUUACAGAGCAAAGUUGCUGAACCAAAAGAAAAACAUACGAAGGAUACAUUGAGUCCCAGUACUAUCAGUGGUGGAGCAGCUGCGAACAUAACCUUGAAUGUGAAUCACUCAGCAGAGGACGCUCCUCCUGAGCCACAGUCAGCAAAACACGCUCCUCGGCAUCGGAGUAGGGAACAUUCAAAACCCCCCACUCAGAAUGCUGCCGUGUACUGGAAUGAACUUCCACAGUCUGCUUGUACCUCAACAUAUAAUUCUGAACAUUCAUCUGGAACUUCACAUCCUUACUAUACUUGGUGUGUUUAUCAGUAUAGCAGCAUCAGUGGCAAUUCUGUAACCCAGACAUACCAGGGGACAACAGCUUAUGAAGCACAAACAGUUCCUUUGGGCAUGUUAACUGCAGUUGCAAGUCCUGUCCAGAACGCAUACUCUAAUCUCUUGUACCCUCAAAAUCUUCGUUCCCUUGCUGAGAACCCGCAGGCAAAUAUCUCUGUGCCAGUGAACGGGUAUUUUCAAUUUCAGAUGCCAGUUUCCUACAAUUUUCCGCAGCCGGUUUUUUCACAGCCAUCUUUCCCUCAAGCUGCAUACCCUUGCCCUCCUAUUCCUGGCGUGCGUCCAGGCGGCCCAUGGAUCUACGUUCCAUGGCAACAACGAUCCUUCCAGCCAGGACACUGAAAAGAGUCUUCCUCAGUCUACUGAAAUAAAUGAGAUUUAAUGUUUCAAGUUUUUAAAAAGCAAGUUAUUUUAGUAAUAUUUUAAAUGUAUGUAAAUUUAGAAGGAAGUAUAAAUCAUAUGACUCUAUACCAUCUUUAAGUGCACCAAUGUACCACAAAGGGCAAUCGAAAAUCAAUUUCUAACAUCUGAAAUAGGCUACUCUUCCAUGUCUACCUAGCCGUCCACAACAUGAAUAUCAUUAUUUUAAGAGUUAUUUUUUUUAAAUAUUACUAUAAGUAAAGAUUUUCUUUGAGAUUAUUCUAAUAAUGUAAAGGAGUAAAAACAGCAUUUAUGGUGAUAAAGGUUAAGCAGCGGCCACAAAGUCUUUUAGAGGAGAGUUUUGUUUCUGAUAUUUUUAAUAUUUUUUUAUGUUUCACCAUUGGAGUUAGAUGACAGUAAGAAUUUCUUUCUACAACUGGGUCAUCAAACCAAUAAUCUAAUUCUUGACAUACUAUUCUUGUGAUUUGCAAUUCUGCUAUAUAUGACGUGGAAAUUUUCUUCCAUUUCAGUAUUUUAUAAACACGAUUUAUAAAAACUUUUUCAUAGAGAAACUGAUUUGCAUAUUUUAGGUGUUUACCUGGGUAGAGGUUUUUGUCCUGCUUUGUUUUCUGUUCAUUAUAUUGAAACAAAAGCACGUUAACACCCUUUCUAUACCAGGCCCUUUCCACAAGAUUACUUCUUUAAUAUUUGUGUUUCACAAUUUAAGUGAUUGUUUUAAUGAUUUGUAACAAAAAUGGGGAAAAUAACUUCCUCAGCUUAGGUUAGUUAAAAUUAGUCACUUGAAAGUAAUUUAAAUAAUGCAGUACAAAGACGGGUUUUUUUAAAUGCUAUAAGCAUAAUUUUUUUGUUUUUGUUUUCUUGUUAAACAUUCUGCAAAAGUUAAAAAUCUUUGCAUGAUAGCCCUGGUUGGCCAACUGGGAUUAGUCUGCAACUGCAUUUUGAGCAGCCUUCUGCCUGUGUAUUACCUUUGUUACUCAAAACCAACCACGUAUUUUGUACCAUCCCAUCCAAAAGAUCCCUCGCACCUGGAUAGAACUUUCUCAAGAGCUAGUGAGCCAUGAAAUUGGACAAGUGAUUUGCUGUGGCUGAACCUGAACAGAUAGCUAUCAAAGCCACAGUGUUUUCUCAAAAUAUAUUUUGUUAGCAAACUUAGGAGAUAGUUGAAUUAGACAAUGUAAUUCAGCCUUACUUAUAGAGUAAGUAAUUUUUCAAUUUUCAAAAAUGCUGAAAUUAACAGUAGAUGGAAUUGAGAAUUACUUUAAACUGAUUGAAUAACAAAUGUCUUUUAAAGGGAAAAUCAAGCAGAAAACUACAACAUAACAAA